AAAGCAAAAUAUAUUCGAAAAAUAUCAUAUUAUUAUUUGUCUGCGUGGCGUUGUACUUUUUGCAUUGUCAUGGUGGUAAUCCUAUCCCAGAAGAACUUGAACUGAUAAGAAACGCAUUCGUACAGCAUACAAAUCAUAAAAAUGUGGUAAACGUUGGUAGUUUAAAACGAAUAAUCGAUGACAUAGUAAAGAAAUCAGGCACGUCCAGAGAACCUCCCAGUCUUGAACAAUUGAUAAUGCAAUAUAAAGAUGAUAGUACAUUUACAAUCGACGAAGUUGAACUCAUCGUUCAAGAAUAUUUACCUUCCCAAGAUCCGAAAAUAAUGGAAAUGAUUAGCAACACUAUCAAAAAAUAUAAAAGGACAACUAGCAUAGACUUUGAAAGUGUAAAAGAUGUAAUUAAAGAAGUAGCGGAUAAAACGGGCAUAUUCAAAUGCAUAUCACCCUGUCUUGAUGAACUACAAACGGAGGCGCCAAACCGUAAAUUCACAAAGGACGAAGUUAAAAGAAUUGCCCAUGAAUUUGUAGUAUUUCAAGACCCGAAAUUAACGCAAAUUAUUAGAAAAAUAGUCAACAAAUUUGAAAAGCCAGAUGACAUGAACUUUAACGAUGUAAAAGGUGUCAUUAAAGAAGUAGCAAAAGUAACCGGGCUACCGGAAGAAUUUCCCAGUCUUGAAGAAUUGCGAAUGACUGGAUCAAACCGUAACUUCACAGCGGAUGAGGUUGAAAGAAUCGCCAAAGAAUUUUUAGCUUUCCAAGAUCCGAAUUUGAAGAAAAUAAUAACAGAACUAUUCGACCAACACGAAAAGCCAGAUGGUAUAGAAAUUAAAGAAUUAAAGGGUGUAAUUAAAAAUGUUAUAACGGAAACGGGCACAACUACAACAUUCUCCGGUGUUGAUAAACUGAAAAAGGCAAUAUCAGACUGCAAGUUUACUGUGGAGGAAGUUGAAACCAUUGUCAAUGAUUAUUUAUUUUGAUUUAAGUGUUUGUCUAUUGUAUUAUCUGCUAUUAAAUAAUUGCAU